UAGAGUUAUCUACUUUUUGUGCAGAUGACAGAUUGCCCUCAUUUGCAUUCAUUAGUUAAAUUGAUACUACUGUGCUCAUGCAGUUAGAAAAAAAACUGCCUUUUAGAAGGGUGUGUUCGUAUGACAAUUGGGAAACAACCCAGCAGCAGAUUGUACUGUAAAGUGUGCCAACAGUACUGCAGGUGUCGACAUUGAUUAGGAGUUACUUUGUGAUAGGUAAUUAGCUCAUCAGCUGCUGGGCUGGGCUACUAUACCUGGUGGUUGUUUCAAAAUCUCACGGAAAUCUGCCAUAACUGCUGUACACCUCACACACCGCAGACCUGACUAUGAAUUUGCUGCAGUUGAAGGAACUUUCUCAGUCUGAUCUGUAUCGACGGCGCCAAGAGCGUCAUGACAGCUUUGGAUUUGCAGAUUUAGAGAAGAAGAGGUUAAGCAACAUGGCAAAUGCUCUGGCUAAUGCCAUGUGCGAGCGAUGCAAAAGUGGCUUUGCACCUGCUGAGAGAAUUGUGAACAGUAAUGGAGAGCUGUAUCAUGAACAGUGUUUUGUCUGCGCUCAAUGCUUCCAACAAUUCCCAGAAGGGCUCUUCUAUGAGUUUGAAGGGCGAAAAUACUGUGAGCAUGAUUUUCAGAUGCUUUUUGCCCCCUGUUGUCAUCAAUGUGGUGAGUUCAUCAUUGGCCGAGUGAUUAAAGCUAUGAACAAUAGCUGGCACCCAGAAUGUUUUUGCUGUGAUCUCUGCCAGCAGAUUCUUGCGGAUAUUGGAUUUGUGAAGAAUGCUGGCAGGCACCUCUGCCGUCCUUGCCAUAACCGUGAAAAGGCCAGAGGUCUGGGGAAAUAUAUCUGCCAGAAAUGUCAUGCCAUCAUUGAUGAACAGCCUCUUAUAUUUAAGAAUGAUCCCUACCACCCUGAUCAUUUCAACUGUGCAAACUGUGGAAAAGAGUUGACUGCUGAAGCUCGUGAGCUGAAAGGAGAAUUAUAUUGCUUGCCUUGCCACGAUAAAAUGGGUGUUCCUAUUUGUGGUGCCUGCCGACGGCCAAUUGAAGGACGUGUAGUUAAUGCAAUGGGCAAGCAGUGGCAUGUGGAGCAUUUUGUAUGCGCCAAGUGUGAGAAACCUUUUCUGGGUCAUCGUCACUAUGAAAGGAAGGGAUUGGCUUACUGUGAAACUCACUAUAAUCAGCUGUUUGGUGAUGUUUGCUACCACUGUAAUCGUGUGAUUGAAGGAGAUGUUGUAUCUGCUUUGAACAAGGCCUGGUGUGUUAACUGCUUUGCCUGUUCAACUUGCAACACCAAGCUGACACUCAAAGACAAAUUUGUUGAAAUUGAUCUGAAACCAGUCUGUAAACACUGUUACGAGCGAUUGCCUGAAGAUUUAAAACGGCGACUUGCUAAACGGGAAAGAGAUGCAAAAGAUAAACAGAAAAAGAAAAAAUUGAUGGAUAUCUGCCUGUAAGGAAUGCCUAUCUCUUCUCUUCUGUCCUUGAAACAAGUUUGUAGAGUUUGAUAUGAAGCCGGUCUGUAAGAAAUGCUAUGAGAAAUUUCCUCUGGAGCUGAAGAAAAGACUGAAGAAACUGGCUGAAAGUGCAGGACGGAAAUAAGGAAUCUACCUGUGUUUUAUUCUCAAUUUGUAAACUAGCUCUUCUAAAUUCAAACUUUUUUUCAAAUAACAAGCCAGCUGAGUACAUUUGGAGCAAUAUUCUCAAUGCAAGUGAUUUAAAUCCAAAAGUUAUCACUAAAAAUUCAUUUUGGAAAAAAGAAAUCUAGAUUAACCUUACAGGGGCAGAUCCAUUUGUUCAACUUUAUAUUAAAAAAAGUAAUUCAUAUUUGAAAAUAUUUACCCCCUCACCUUGUGAUGCCACAUAAAUAUAACUUGGCCAGCUAAGUCCAUAGAUGACUUAUUUCCUUAUUGUCCUUUUGUUGCUCUCAAGAGCUCUCUAGGAGUUAUGCAAGAGCAGUAUUUUGGGCUGGCAUGAUCCAGCUGCAAACUAUUUUUUUGUACACUGUACUCUCCCCCUUCCAAAGGGGAAAUGCCUUAUCAAUGGCCUGACAGAGUUUGUGCAUUCAUUUGGAGAACCUGAAUCACUACUCUGACAGCAUGUUGGUAAGCUAACAUGCUAUAGCAGAGUGCUAUCUAAAAGUGGUGAAAUGUAUUAAUUUUUUUCUCUAAAAUGGUACUACUUUAUUGCAUUUUCAGAAAUGUUUUGAUACAUGCUUUUAAGUCACCAUGUGCACACCUAACAAAUGAAAAUAUGAAGUGACAAUGAUUUUGUUCAAAUCCAUUACAACAGAUGGAAUUAAUAUCUAAUGUGCUCACUCAUGUAGUAACUAAGAGUUUGCCAAAUCAUAUCGUUAUCAGCUUAAUACUAUCAAAAAUGCUCUGAUUAGAGGUAUCCCUGAAUGCUUAAUAUUACAAUAUAUUUUACUUAAUCUACACUCCAAGCAUACAAUACAUAAAAUAUUCAAGUCAAUGCUUCUUUCUGUCUCCCAUUGUAAGUUAUUGUAUGGAGUUACAGACACCUACAAGAGAUUCAAAUUAAACCAAAAUUCACAGUUCCACAUUCCUUCACAGUAAUUCCAAUGAUCAAUUUAUUCAGUAUAUAUUCUAAUGAUAUAUGCAUAAACCUUUACUAUUUUGUACAGUUUGUAACUGCUAUAAGGUGUUGAUUAUAAGCUCUAUUAUUGACAUAAAGUACAUUAUGUAGUAAAAUUGCUUAUAAAUAACCAGCUUCCAAAUUAAAAAAACAUAGAUCAUAGACUUAGAGGAUUUAAUUUUUAAAAAUACUGUGAUAAAGUAAAACAACACCUAGUGAGGUAAAGGAGGAGAAGGUUACACCAAAUGCCAGAAACUGGCUUAUUUAUGCAUUUGUCCUUGAAUAUUCACCCUUAUUCAUGUUCCUAAUAGGAAGACGCUGUAACAGCUGCAGUAAUGGUUUUGACAGAAAUAACUUUUGUUUGCAUGACCUAUUUUUAAAAUCUUGUAAAUCAAUUUAAGUACGUAUUGCUUUUCCUAAUAUAUUUAGCAUGGUAGAUGCUGUAAUGCAACACUUAAAGAGUAUAUGCUUUAAUUUCCCUACAUGUACUUGAAAACAAAAUUGAUCAAUUGUUACAUUUAUCAUUUUAAUGCUUUGUGGAAAGUAUAACAAAUUGUCUGGAGAAACUUCUUAAUUGCUAAAGAAACAUGUGGACUGCCAUGUCUUGAGGACAUCUAUGACCAGAUGAUGGCAUUCUUGCACCUUAUAGUUCAACAUAGAUGGUACUUUACAAACCAUGAGAAAAGAGGCAAGUUUUGUAGUAUUUUAUAAAGUUUAAUUUAAUGUAAGUACCAAAACUCCUGGACAUACUAAUAGUAUUUAGUAGCUUUCUUUACUAUCAGUUUUGUUGCAGUUGAGCAUUUUUCUUAAUUCAUGUAAUGAAUGCUGGUGCUAAGUAUUGAGAUGCGGUAAAAUCUGAAAACAAGUUCAUCUCAAAUGUCAUUUCUGCAAUUACCCACUUGUGUGUUCCAGUGAAGUAGCUAUACAGUGAAGUGACAUCCACAUCAAUACUUUAAUUUCUUGAAAACUAAUGAUAUUUUUACAGCCCAGUGUAAUGGGAAACACAUACUGAAUUUGUGUUAUUUUUUCAUUAAAGAAUGUAUUUUCCUCCUGUGUAUUACACCUAUACAUUACUCCAGUAUUAUGUAAUAAAAUUUACACAUCAUUAAAUAUCCCACUUGGUCAUA